AUGGAGAUGGCCGCAAGAACGCAAGGAGAAAAUGAAGAACACGUAGCAAAAGAAUACCUCUCGAGUCUAUCGGAUUUGAAUUGUAAUAGCAAACCACACAUUAACAUGCUAACUAUGCUGGCAGAGGAAAACAUCGAAUACGCCGCAAUUAUCGUCAAAGUGGUAGAGCAGCACAUUGCCAAGGUUCCACCCGAUUUUAAAUUGCCUAUAUUGUAUUUAAUCGAUUCUAUUGUAAAAAAUGUCAAGAGCACCUAUGUGCAGCGCUUCAGCCAAUGCAUUGUCAAUAUAUUUUGCGAUGUGUUCGAGAAGGUCAACGAGGAGAUUAGGCAACGUAUGUACGCGUUGCGCCAAACCUGGAAUGAAGUUUUCUCAUCUCAGAAACUUUACGCCUUAGAUCUAAGAGUUAAGCGUUUAGAUAAUAAUUGGCCAAUAACUGCAAGACCGCCCUCAAUUCAUGUUAAUCCAGAUUUUUUGAAAACGGUUAGCGCCUCUCAGGCCAUACCAACAGAAGUAGAAGAGAUUUUACAGCAUAAAACCCGUGAAUUAUUGGAACUAAAAAAACGUAAGCUUGAACUUGAGCUUGAGGCUACCAAAAAACACUUAGAAGAACAAGAAAAACAGCUUUCAAAAGCUGCUGAGGGGGUCGUACCGCCCGUGGAAGCAUUGGUAGCUGCUAACGCUCUUCAAACAAGUAUACGAGCAGCUGCCAUGCCUCCGCAAAUGAUGCCUAACAUGAUGGCUCCUGCUUUUAUGGCGCCCCCGGGCCAUCCCGGCCCAAUAGGUCCGGGAAUCAACAAUAUGCGGCCGGUUUUUCCUAAUAUGCGUGGGUUCAGGCCCCAUUUACAUCCGAGCAUGAUGAGUAUACAUCCUCAGCCUUUUCCUCCAUCCAAUAUUAAUGCGACCAACCCUAACGGUAAUAAUAACGCCAGUGGUAUGGCUAAUAAACCAAAAGUUCAUCCCGUAAACUCGGCGUUGCUAAAUGUAAUUCGCCAUCGUGAUCCUCGAUUGGCACGACAACAACAGCAACAGCAGCAGCAACAACAACAACAACAACAACAGCUUCAACAAAGGCAUGGCACAGAAGCAAAUAAAACAACCUCAGAACCUUCAAAAUCAUCUGAAUCAUUAAGAAAUGAUCGCAGCAGUAAAAAUAUCCGUAAAUCCCCAUCGAGAAGUUCUGCUUCCGGAAGCAGUACCCGUUCGGUGGGUCGUUCAAACAAAAGCUCUAGUCGAGAUAAGGAAAAGGAUCGAAAGCGUAGCGAAUCGAAAAGUUCAACGACAUCUUCUUCAUCAUCUGGAUCAAAUGCUUCAGCGGAACGGAAAAAAUCAUUCUCAUCGGGUAAAGGUAGCAAAAAGUCUGGAUCUUCGCCGACUUGUGAUAAAGAUGCUUUUGAAAUAGCACCUUUGUCCACAGCAUUUAAACGUAAAUCGUCUUCGCCAAACAAUUCUCCUGCCAAGGCUCGUGAUCCCAAACGUUUUACUAGUCAUAAAACAUAUUCACGUAGCAAAACGCGAUCUCGUAGUCCUUCACCCCGCAAAGAUAUGUUUAAUGACGUCGAUUUGCGGAGAGUUUCAACAUCAUCAUGCUCAUCGACGACAUCGCCAGAAAAACGAGCUAAAACUUCGGAAGAAAUCAAUGGCAACGAAAUUUUGACGCAGGUGUCGGCAAAAGGUCUAGAGAAAAAUAUUAAACCAUUAAUAGAGUCACCCAUAAUUGGGACUGCAAGAGCGAUGGAUGUGGAUUUGAGGCCACAAUUGGUGGUACCUCCAAUAAAGGCAUCUGUCUUAAGAGCCAAUUCCUCCCCCUCAAGUUUAUCGUCUUCAGACUUAAGUCAUAAAUUGUCGGGAACAUCAGUUUCAAGGGCCAGCAUCAUUAUAGAUCUAACUUGUAAUACAAGUUGUGCAAGUGCAAACACUAAAGCGACAUCAUCACCCAACAAAGUCUCAUUUAAAAUUGAGAAACACGUUAAUAAAUUAGAAAAAUCUUCAGAAAAUUUAACAGUUACAUCAACUUCAAAUAAAUUGGUUACAUCGUUGACAUCGUCAUCAUCGUUACCUGAGGUCACCUCGAACAUCGAACAAAGUCACUUAGAUAUGAAUGCCAAGUACGCUUGUGAUGGCCCUAUAAUAUCUGGCGGUCAAGUAAGUAAAGACCUAGAAGACGAAGACAAGAAAAAACGACCAUCAGUCGCUGCAAACGAAGAAGAACCUCUCUCUAAAAAGAGCAAGUCCACCAAGCUGGACCCUCUCUUUGGCUCCGAAGACGUUGACCUACGCCAGCUAAUGCCAGCCAUUCAGCCAAGUUGCAGUGAGGAAACGGCGCCGCCACCCCCUUCCAUGAAGCUUAACGAUGCUCUAAGUUGUAAUGAAAACUGGGACAUAUUUAAGGGUGAGGCUUCCAAAAUUUCGCCAAAAAAAUCCUCGACUCUGGAUGAUGUUCGAGCCAAAUUAGCUAAAACGGCGAAAUUGAGUAAACUUUCGAAAACUGAGAAAAACAAUAAGGAAUUAUCACAUCGUUUGCGUUUGGCGGAAUUGCAGAAUAUGAAUGAAGACACUCAAGAGGCCAAUGAUGAGAAGAUACGUACUAUGGUCGUCCAAGCUCAAGAGCUUUUGGAAGCCAAAUCAAUUACUCAAGAGCAAUACAAUAACCUUAUGAAAACAGUCAUGUCGAUUAACGAAGUGAAUAAAUUGAAAAUCGCUAAGCGUCGAGAAUCGCUUAAUGCCAUCAAGCAAAAACUAACCGAAGAAGAUACAAAUGAAGCUGAACGUAACGCUGCACGUGAGGCGGUACUUAAGAAACGCAUACCUAAAAUAAAUAAGGGGCAAGUACCAACCAACGACCAAGGAAAUUCUCUAUCACCUCGCAGUGAAAGCGUUAGCGGUAGUAAUGCUGAAAAUUCCCCACAUCGCGAAGAAAAGAGCGAAUCAAAUGACGAGCAUAUGCCACGCGCAAGGCUAAUGCGUGACAAACGGGUAUCAAAAGUGUCUAAAUGGGGAGAUCGUGUUGUUGAUCCAAAUAUGGGUAAUAUGAUGCCUUCAGGGCCUCCGCCGCGACCAUGGGCUUUGGGUCCACAAAAUAAACGCUGCUUCCGUGGUAUUGGGCCUCAUCCGUCAAUGGCGAUUAAUAUGCGCAACCAAUGGCCAAUCAAUAAUAUUAACAACGGACCCAUACCACCAUUUGUAAACGGACCUAUGCUACCGCCAAUGCGUGGCCUUCUUGCCUCUUCCAUGCCUCAAUUGGAAUUACAGCAGCCACCAAUUAUUCCUAAGCCUUGCAAUUCAAUCGAUAAUCCCCAGGAGGAUCUUGUUCGCACUAUAACCAUCGAUGGUGUUGCCAAAGAAAUACGUUUCUACGACCAGGUUGCGAUUGUUUUCAUGGAGGUAGAUCAGCCCCGCGAAAUUGGUUUCCAGAAUGGGCAACGCACUAUAUUCAUCGAUAAUCAUGAACCUCUUAUGCUGCAAUUUAACGAAGACUAUAAAUCGGUAACUAUUGAUGGUGAAGUUUUACGCCUGCGUUUUGGUUUUCCAUCACGUGAAUUAUAUAUUGACGAACACUGGUAUGAAAUAUACUUUGGGGGCCCACCGAUUACUGUACCAAUUAAAAAUAAACUGCGAAUGUUGAAAGCGGAAGGUCCUCCACCCCAAGUUAACAUUGGCCCAUUAAGGCGUGAUCUAGUUGUGGGCAAAAUUAAUAUGAUUGUGGACGCUCAUAAUGUCAUACCGUUAUUCUUGGACGCUCGUGCACAAAUAUUCAGAUUGGGAGACAAAGAUCACACCAUACAAUUCGCUGAUAAUUUGUUAACAGUUCUCCUUGAUGGUAUGCCUACGAGGGUUGAAUACGGCGGACUUCCAAAAAGUCUGUUUCUUGGGGGUAAAAAAUAUUUUGUUCGUUUUGGCGCUUUGCCGCAGGGUAUAGUAGCGGGAAAAGUCCAAAUUAAGGAUAUGAUCUACGUGGAAGCACAACCUCCAACGCAACCGUCGACUGAAAAGGAAACGUUUAUAAAUGCGACAGGCUCAGAAGAAGUACCAAAGGGUUCGCAAAUAGAAUCCGUAAAAGAAUCUGAGACAGUGCCACCGGGAGCAGCAUCAUCGUCGACAGCAGUCGUGCCUACAUCUGCUUUAACCAAUGUUAACAUAGAUGAAUUAUUUCAAAAGCUCGUUUCAACUGGUAUAUUGGGUGGUUCAAGCGGCAUCUUACCAGCUGUUAAUAAAAUACCCGCCGAAGGUGCCGUUCAAUCAGAAGGAACUGAAUCAACGGAAGCCGCAAUGGAAGAGCUUAUUAAACCCAUCGAUUUAUCCAAAGCAGAAUCAGUAAAGACACGGCAGGCUGCAGUUGUAGCUACGCUUUUUUCGGGUAUGCAAUGCUGUAGUUGUGGUGUAAGAUUUCCACCCGAACAAACUAUUAAAUACAGCCAACAUUUGGAUUGGCACUUUCGGCAAAACAGGCGUGAGCGCGACUCUUUGCGGAAAGCUAACUCACGUAAAUGGUAUUACAAUCUUAGCGAGUGGAUAAAGUAUGAGGAAAUUGAAGAUCUCGAGGAACGUGAAAAGAACUUUUUUGAGACACAGCAGAAUGAUGUCGAGACAAUCGAUGAAACAUCAAAUCAACGUUCGACGAAUUCUCCUGUACCCAGUUGCCGGGCUGAUCGGGGCGAUGUUGAUCGCGCAUGUGAUGCGUGUCUCGAGAAGUUUGAACAAUUUUACGACGAAGAUGCUGACGAAUGGUACCUGCGUCGUGCUUUGAGAAUCGAAGAUAAAAUCUAUCAUUCGUUUUGUUAUAAAGACAAUAAAAAGACUCCCACUAAUCCUCCAAAAACUAUCGAGGUAGAAGAAAACCUUAACAAUGACGCUUCUGAUCAAACGCUCAUUCAUAUUGAUGACGACAAUGCUGUCGACAUCGAAAUAAAAUCCGAAACAGAACGUCCUAGCGUUACUGACGCGCCUGGUGAUGAAGAAGACGACGAUGUGAUUGUGCUGCCAAAUGAAGAGCCUUCCGUUACCGAAAUCGACGAUGACGAUGAUGAAUAUGUUCCAACCAACGUAACUCGUGAAGAAAUGGGCACAUCGGUAGAAGAUGAUACACCUAUCACCCUUAAUGAAACUAAUGAAUCAGAUGUCGAAAUACAGGAACCUAAUAUACCGUUCACGGAUUUAGACACAUAUGAGGAAAAAGAUCUUAUCACUGGAGAGGAAAGCUCUCAAAUGUCAUAUAAGAAUGUGAAGAUUAAAGAAGAGCCUAAAGAAGACGAGGAUGAAGAUGAUGGUUUCGAGGACGUUGGUACUGUAAUGAUUGCACCGGAUGAGAUCUCAAUUCAGAGUAGCGAAGAGACGCAGACACCAACUUUAGACUCAACAACGGUGGAAAAGGCCACUGUUCCGGCCAGUCCUCCCUCGUCAGCAUCAACUUGCCCAAAUGAAGAAAAGGAUGCAGUAAAGGAAGUGCUAACGGCGGAUUUAAAUAUAUCCAUGGACGGUAACUUAGAGACCGGUAACGAACAUAAUUUGUCCGCUGCUGGUCCUGCUCCUACCGUGCCCUUGGUUAGCUUAGUUAAUAAGAUUAAAAUAAAUAUUACUAAGAACACUAUAUCAACAAAUAGCACUAGUACUAGUAAUAAUGCAACAUCAACGUCUACAAACACAACUGCAACCAACAAUCCAAACUCCAAUCUUGUUAGUUUGAAUGAAAAGACGAAAGUAACUUUAGGUCAGCAAGCAAUAUCGUCUAAUCCUAUACCGACAAUAUCGACGAUACCGGUCUUAUGCAGUGGAGGAACCACCAUUCCCAGCAUCAUGUCAAGUGGCUUUGAAGAAGAUAUUGCGAACUCAAAUCAUAGUGUAAGUACAAUAUCGGUAAUUGGCACCAGUUACGGCAUCAGCAAUCAGUCAACGUGUUCUCUAACGAAAACCGAUCAUCCUCCACUGCAACCCGCACCGCGUCCGAUUGAGGAGACGAUUACCUACGAAUUAAAGCCUGCGCUGCAAAAGGUUACUUUUAAAAAGAAAGAAAAAAUAGUGUGUGGCAGUGAGACCUCCGGUCUUUGUUCCAUUAUGUAAAUAUGACAUUUUUCUUCUUAGGGACGUCGGGGAGGGGGGCCUUUUUUAAUAAUAUGUACAUUUAGAAAGAUUUAGAGAGAGAGAGAUCAUGUAUAGCUUGAGAAAUAUUUGGCUCAUUCUAGAAUCGUUGAUUAGUUUUUAGUAUCUUCGUUUUUUAAUUAAGUUUACAUAUAUUUCUAAGGUCACGUCACGCGUUCGUUCAUCCGUUCGACUGUGAUACGUUACAAAAAUCUGCGUUUAAUUUAUUAUUUAACUUUAUUAAAGAAGGAAACUGACGAGUGAUGUAUCUCGUCCCCAUUGAGACUUUCCUUAAUUAUCGUCGUUUCUUUUACUUGAUACACUUAUCAUCACAUGAAUUCCAAGUUCUUUUCUCUU